GCAGUUUCUAAGGAGACCUGCUCUAUAAUUGUAGAGGAAAUUACAAGCUGAAUCAUCUGUGGUUUGGGGAGAGAAAUCAAUGAUAUUUUGCUCAUCUGCAAAAGUCAUCUGCCAAAAUCCAUGUCAGAAAGGCUGGAUUAGCUACAAAGGCCGCUGCUACAAGCUUAUUCAAGAGAGAAUGACCUGGACCAAAGCUGAGGAAACCUGUUCUACUGAAAGAGAAGGAAGUCACCUAACCAGCAUCACUAGUGAAGAAGAGAAUGAAUUCCUUCGUAAACUUUCUCAGGGACAAAAGCAAAUUCAGCUCUGGAUAGGUGGAACUUACCAAAAGGGGUCACUGUUGAAAUGGAGUGAUGGAUCUCUGACAACCUUCAUCCAGAGGCCUCUGUCUGCCAUUUUCGGUUCUGUUAGAAGACUAAUUAACAGUCUGUUUAACAUAAAACUUUGCUUGAGCCUCAGUAUUGGAGGACGGGGUGAAUGGGACGGCUCUAACUGCAGCAAUAAGCUACCAUUCAUCUGCGUUUACAAACAAAACGUGAAGCACCCUUAACCUAUCACUGAACAAUUGAUGAAACCUGACUGGCUGCUGUGGCACCUGGAAUAGAGUUCAGCUGCAAUCCAUUAGUGCAUUGAAAUCUUUUGCAUGGAAAAAUCAAGAUCCAAUACUAAAAAAGCGGAGGUA